AUGGUGUCGAAUUUAGGUUCUGGGAGGAACCACAUCAAGACCAAUGAGCACCUGCCGCCGAGCGGCUCAGCCUGCACCGGUGCAUCGGGAAACAGGGGUCCAGAUUGCCCCAGGGUCGUGGCUCGCCAGCAGGAACGCCCAAUCGCGGGGAAGGUCGCUAGCGAAGACAACGUCGCGCGUGUCCCGAAAUGUCCAGAGCUCAAAUUUCAUCAUGAAUUUGGUGUGGGUAAGGUGGCAUGGAUGGCGUUGGGGGAGGGCGUAGAUGGCGGCAGCUAA